AUGGUCGGAUCCGACUCGAAGGCAGGUCCCCAUCGCUCCUUCGAUUACUCUGAGGAUCUUUAUCGCUGCAUCGACCAAUUGUUUCAAAUAUCUUUACUACUGCACAAUGUCUAUCACAGCCGGUUCCUAAUAAUCAUUCUGGGCACACCUCCAGCCACGGAGACCCAGAUUGGGAUUUACAACAACACCAAGCACACGAUCUCCGCCCGCAUCACCAAUGACAAUGGUGACACGGGGUCUGCUGGAUUCUCAGAUAUCGAGCCAGGGAAGUACGAUUUGUGGAAUCGAAGCCACUGGCAAGUGGCCUUCGUGUUGAAGCACUCGGUCGAGCCAUCUAAUCCCAAGGCGUUGACUUUGAUCGUGAAGCCUACGGGGGUUUACUACGUCAACGAUGAGUAG